UAUUGACAUCCUCCAUCCCUAGCUCUCCUCAUCAUGGAAACCAUUUCUCAAAUUCUGCAGGAUGUGCGUGAUUACUGGGCUGAUCAUUUUUCUCAAAGAUUUCUACCCAGGCGGCCAACACUUCGCCAAACAACCUCUUUGUCCACUUACUAUCUGUUGGACUACAAAACCCGGCAAGCUGAACUAGGGAUGGAUUACGGCCCUCCAAGUACUCAGCUGAACAAAGUCAAGUUUGUCUUCCAGGAGGGUGCGUGGCAGGGUGACGGUGUCCCUCCGCAGAUGCCCUUACUACAGUUAUAUUCCUCUUCCUCUCAUCAUGAUAAGGAAUCACCUAACAAGGCCCUGAAGAAAGCAAACAAAGCUCUACUGGAAGAGAACAAUUACUUGAAGCUGCAGCUUGAGCUGUUAAUGGACAUGCUGACAGAGACCACAGCACGACUACACUCAGUGGAGAAAAAGCUGGACAUGACUUCAUGGCACCCAAAGAUUAGGAAGCCAAGCAAGGUGCUGAUGCUCCGGUCUUAA